AUGAACAAGAAAAGGAAAACGCAGCCCGUCCUUCAGUUCACCACCGGGCUCGGCCCGAAACCCGUGCAGCCGGACGACCUGUCGGGGCGCACUGCCGUAGUGGUAGGCGGCGCCUUCGGCAUUGGCUUCGAUGUGUUGCGAGCGCUGACUGGCGCGGGCUGCCGCGUGCUCAUGGACGCGCGGGCGACGAUCGAGGCCGAGUCGCCGGGGGGGGCGCAGGUCGAGUGGCACGAGUGCGACAUGGGCGACCUGGCGCAGGUCCGCGAGGUCUUCGCGCGCCUGCGGGAGGAGCGGCUCCGGGGGGGGACGACGACGGGGCCGGCUCGACUAAUUACCUGGUUGCUGUCGGCAGGCAUCAACACCAACGAGUUCGGCCUCGACCGCGACGGCAUCGACCGGCACUUUGGCGUCAACUUUGCUCGCCCAGUUCUACGUCGUCAACCUGCCGUGGCCGCUGCUGCGCAAGACGGCCAAGCUGUCCGGCGGCGGAGCGGCAGGACCUGGGACAGCGCCCUGUGGGCCCUGACGUCGGACAAGGUCCAGAACAACGGCUGGUACUACAGCGACCAGGACCAGCCCGGCAAGGAGUCGUCCCAGGCUUCGGAUCCGAACAUGGGGGCGGCACUCUGGGACCUGUCGCAUCGCAUCACCAGGGAGAAGUUGGGGGAGGAUGCUUUGGUGGACUGGAAGGCCUGCGCCUAUUAG